CUUCCGAAAUUUUUAUCAAAAUCGAAAUUUUAUAUUCUUUUGCUCGACCAUCCUUGAGGGAAAUUUAUCAAUCAUGAUCGAUAAGGAAAAAGACGAUAGUAAUCGAUUUUUUAAAAGAAUCCUGUCAAAAAUAUGAUGGUUAACAUUUGACAAUAAAAUAGUAACAGCUUAAUAAUGAAAACAUAUUAGGAUCCUAAAAAAUCUUUUGAUAAAGAAAAAACUAUCUAAGAAAAAAUAUAAUUUUUUCUUGGUAAAACUUUUGGAGCUGGCGUAUAUCGAAAGUAGUUUUCCGAAUUGUUCGCACGCGCGAUCCCAUUAUCUAUCUACUUUUUUAUCAAGUCGUGUGGAAUCCCUUCGGGGAUCGAGAUCGCUAAAUCGGGAAGAAAGAAUUCGUCUCGAAGGACUUUCUUAUUUCGUUCAAGACAUCGAACAAAAAGUGCAACAAAAAGAACUCGACGAAAAGUUUACUAAAUUUGAACUUAAAGUCAAACCUUCGAACAGAAUACAGAAGAUGAACGUUGGAUAACUAGACCAGCACGUACAUGGCAGCCUGCAAAAAGGAUCUCUGCAACAAACAACAUCGUGUACGAAUUUAAUCCUUUUGGAAAUGUUGAAAAUAACGAUACAUCAAAAGUUUCAACAAUUUAUAAAUCUACAACGAACGUCAAAAAACAUAUUGUAAAAGAUACAAAAGCACGUUCUAUUAUAACAUUACCGAAAUUAAAUUCCACUCUUAAUAAUUCACUAAACAUUUUUGAAAAAAAUGAAAAUCUUACGAACGUUUAUGAAAACCAGACUUCUUUACCUUGUAUUCUUAAAAAAACAGAUUUAACGAAAAAUGAAACGAUUUCGAAAGAAUCAGAUAUGAAAUGUAAGUCUUAUAACCAGAAUCGAAUUUCAUUUUUUAAACAUAUCCUACAUAUAUAUAUAUAUAUAUAUAUAUAAUUUUUUUGCGUAUAGGUAAAAUGGCAUUAGCAAAAUUAAAUUAUAUAGACCGAAAUAUAGAAAAAGUUAAAACAAAUUGGGAACAAUUUCAAAAACAUGAUCGCAGAAAAGAAAAAUAUAUAUUUAAUCCACAUAUGAAGAAAUUAUACAAAGUGUUAGAAAGCACUGUGUGUGAUAAAAAUAAAAUAAAAGAAAAUGUUGACUCGACAAAUGAUCAGGAUAUAUUAUUAAAAGAUAGCAAAUUUUCCAAAAAUUCUAAAAUUAAUCAAUGCGAUGUUGAACAUAUCAAAAAGGUGUUUUUUCCAAAAGGAGAUCAAUUGACCGUUGUAAAAUCUACGAGUACCAAUUUACCUAGUAAAGAAAUUAAAGAAGAUAUUUUAGGGAACGAAAAAAGAGAUAUUGUUGAGCAACAAUUAUUAUUUACGGAAAAACUUUUGUGGAAUAUAAACGAUAUCUUAACUUAUGAAUCGAAUUUAUUAAAUCCUUAUAAAAAUGAUUCUUUGAAUAAUACAUCACGUAAAGUUAAAACCGAGAUAGACAAAUAUUUACUAAAGUAUACCGCAAAUUUCGAUAAACUUAAUACAGUAAAACAAAAAAAUUUAACUAUAAAAGUAAUGGAAUCUCAAAAUGGUAUACAAGAAAAUUCUAAUAAAAAUUUAAGUUAUUCUUUUUACGUCAAUCAAGAAGAUAUAAAUAAUUUUAAGAAAAAUGGAAACGAAACAUCUGUAAACAAUAAUGAAUUUGCAGAAAAUAAAAGAUCAGCUAGCGAAACACCAAAUAUAGACACAAAAUCGACUGAAAUUUAUGACGAAUUUAAUGAAAAAUUAUCAAAAGGAAAUGCAUUCGUAAAAAUGAGCUGUAAUAAUCUAAAUCUACCGAAAAAUGUCUUAAACGAAGUCCUUCAGUCGGAAUAUUUAAAAAAAGAAUUAUUGUCGUUGUAUCCUAUAUAAAAUAAUA